GUUGGGAUGUUGAUAUCCGAGGCGUCCCAUCACUCUGGCUUAGUCUCCUAACUGUAUUCUGUCUCCUGGCCUCUCCUACCCUUAGGCCAGCCAGCUCUGCACACUUUACCCCUUAUUGGCAGCAGAUAAAAGGUACGUGAAGAAACAGGACCAGUCACUCAGUGCCAGCCAGAACCUUUAAAUCUGCGGCUUUGGGAGAGGACACACACACCAAGGGUGAACCCGGACAACCAUCCUGUGUAAAAGGCGCAGGGGAGGCUUUUGUGGCAGCACCUAACUCGUUUUUCUGUGUCGUUAUUCGGGAGCCGGGGGUACAGAGAAAGGCUGACUACAGGCAGAAGGCUACUCUGUCCUGCAGGCCCAGACAUCACAAUUUUCAUUCCUUGGAAGACUUUCUCAGCAUCCAAGGGCCAGCAUGCCAGGACACUUGCUGCAGGAAGAGAUGACCUCUUCCUAUACAACCACCGCCACCAUCACAGCGCCUCCCUCUGGAGUCACGCAGAAAGGAAGAGAGAAGUUAAAGACGAUGCCCCUCUACCUGGAAGAAGAUAUCCGUCCUGAGAUGAAAGAAGACAUACAUGACCCCAGCUACCAGGAUGAGGAGGGGCCCCCGCCCAAGCUGGAGUAUGUCUGGAGAAACAUCAUCCUCAUGGCACUGCUGCACUUGGGGGCCCUGUAUGGGAUCACACUGGUUCCCUCCUGCAAGGUCUACACCUUGCUCUGGGUAUUUGUCUGCUUUGUGAUCAGUAUUGAGGGCAUUGGAGCCGGAGCGCAUCGCCUGUGGAGCCACCGAACUUACAAGGCUCGCCUGCCGCUGCGGCUCUUCCUCAUCAUUGCCAACACCAUGGCUUUCCAGAAUGAUGUGUAUGAAUGGGCCCGAGAUCACCGCGCCCACCACAAGUUCUCAGAAACUCACGCCGACCCUCACAAUUCCCAGCGUGGCUUUUUCUUCUCUCACGUGGGCUGGCUGCUUGUGCGCAAACACCCGGCUGUCAAAGAGAAAGGUGGAAAACUGGACAUGUCUGACCUCAAAGCUGAGAAGCUGGUCAUGUUCCAGAGGAGGUACUACAAGCCCGGCAUCCUGCUCAUGUGCUUCAUCCUGCCCACACUGGUGCCCUGGUAUUUCUGGGGAGAGACUUUUCAACACAGCGUUUAUGUUGCCACUCUACUGAGAUAUGCCUUGGUGCUCAAUGCCACCUGGCUGGUGAACAGUGCCGCCCACCUCUAUGGCUUUCGCCCUUAUGACAAGAACAUUGACCCACGAGAGAAUGCCUUGGUUUCCCUAGGAACUCUGGGCGAGGGCUUCCAUAACUACCACCACACCUUCCCCUACGACUACUCGGCCAGUGAGUACCGCUGGCACAUCAACUUCACCACGUUCUUCAUUGACUGCAUGGCUGCCCUGGGCCUGGCUUAUGACCGGAAGAAAGUAUCCAAGGCCGCUGUCUUGGCCAGGAUCAAAAGAACUGGAGAUGGGAGCCACAAGAGUGGCUGAGUUUGGGGUUGUCUUUGUUUCUAUUCCCAAAGCCAGCUGAGCAGAGGUUUAAUAAUGUUAUUUAAAUACUGAAAAACACCAUCAAUGUUCUAAAGAGUCUCGUUUCAAGACAGUAUUCUUGUAGAAUAAUUCAAAUAUUAAAAGGCAAAAACUCUUUUAUGAUGUAAGUAGA